AUAGGUGAAGUAUAUUGAGCAUGAAGGAAAUUGAACGGAAGCAUGGUCUAAACACUAAGCAAGCAAAACGUGCGGUAAAGACAGAGAAAAAAGACUACAAACAGCAGGAAAAGAGUACUGACAAAACAUCGAAAGCAAAAGAGACUGAUCAUAAAGCUUCACUUCCUAGACCAGAGUCCAGUGUCUUAGUAAGUGAUCCAAACACGGGCACAGAGCCCACUGAAGUUUAUGAAAAUGUGGUUAUAGAUUAUGUCGAUGAUGUCUACAGCUCUGAGGAAGCAACUCAGCAACCAAAAACACGUAAAAUGGUUGACAAACAUGGCAAGGAUAAAAUCAAUGAUCGUUCUAGUGAUAUGGAGAGUGAACCCAAAGAGGGAGUGGAAGAGGAAUCAGAUAUUGAGACAAUAAAUGAUUCAGUUUCAUCUCAAGGAGAUCCACAAAUAGCUGAAGAUGAAAAUGUAGAAAGAGCUUUGACUGUAAAGGUCUCUAGAAAGCUUGCAAAAACUGAAGGGAAUAAUUCUUCCCAGGUACAACGAGCUAAAUCUGAUCGGAAAGCAAACAAUUCCCAGGGUAAGGCAUCAAAAAGUACAGCAAACAAAGCCAAAGCACCUAAAAAGGAUCCAUCUAAAAUGACAUCCAAGAGUGUCAAUGAAAACUCUAAAAAUAUGAAAGUCCAUCCCAAAUCUCUAUCAGAUUCUUCAGAAGAAGGUGAUGAAAAACUUGUUAAAGAGGUAGAACAAGCAGACAUUUUGGAUGAGACUUCAGUUAGUGCUCAAAGUGUUGGAAGUGAUGAUGAAACAGUCAACACCGAGGAUAUCUGUGAGCAAGAAGAUAAAGCAGUUUUAGAACAAAAGAUUGGAGAAAUGGAAUCAAGGCUUGAGAAACUUGAGGAAGAGUUGAGAGAAGUUGCUGCCCUUGAAAUUGCUCUUUACUCUGUGGUAUCUGAGCAUGGAAGUUCUGCACAUAAGCUGCACACACCUGCCAGGCGCCUUUCUAGACUCUAUCUUCAUGCAUGUAAAUACUUGUCUCAGGACAAACGAGCUACAGUUGCUAAAAACACUGUUUCUGGCCUUGUAUUAGUUGCCAAGUCAUGUGGUAACGAUGUGGCAAGGUUAACAUUUUGGCUGUCAAAUGCUGUUGUUCUGAGGGUAAUCAUUUCUCAAGCAUUUGGAAGUUCCUGUAGCUCAAGCUCAUUGGUGACAAUUACCGAGCCAAAUGGACGAGGAAAUAAAACUGAAUCAAAGGUUUCCUCUUUAAAAUGGAAGACACAUCCAGGAAGCAAGCAGUCAAGUAAAAAUGACCUCUUGAAGUUUUUUGAUGAUUGGCAAGAAACAAGAACUUUUACAGCUGCUUUAGAAAGAGUAGAAUCCUGGAUUUUCUCGCGGAUCGUUGAAUCAAUAUGGUGGCAGACCUUGACUCCCAAUAUGCAAUCUCCUACGGAUGAUCCAAUGACAAGCAAAUCUGUUGGGAGGUUAUUAGGGCCUGCUUUGGGUGACCAGCAGCAAGGGAACUUCUCCAUUAACCUAUGGAAGCAUGCUUUCCAGGAGGCUUUGAAGAGACUAUGUCCUGUACGAGCUGAAAGCCAUGAAUGUGGUUGCUUGCCUGUUUUGGCUAGAAGGGUGAUUGAACACUGUGUUGCCAGACUGGAUGUUGCUAUGUUCAAUGCAAUUCUUCGUGAGUCAGCUCAUGAGAUCCCAACUGAUCCCAUAUCUGAUCCAAUAGUUGACUCCAAGGUGUUGCCUAUUCCAGCCGGAGAUUUGAGUUUUGGGUCCGGUGCACAACUGAAAAACUCGGUUGGCAAUUGGUCAAGAUGUCUUACUGAUUUGUUUGGCAUGGAUGCUGAAGAUUCUGGGAAAAAUGAUGAAGACAGCUCUGGAGAUGAUCAUAGAAAAGGUGGAAAUCAACUAGAACAUUUCUAUCUUCUCAAUGCCUUAAGUGAUCUUCUCAUGCUUCCCAAAGACAUGCUCAUGGACCGCACAAUCAGAAUGGAGGUAUGCCCAUCUAUCAGUCUUCCAUUGGUUAAGCGAAUACUCUGCAACUUCUCUCCAGAUGAGUUUUGUCCUGAUCCUGUCCCUGGUGCUGUAUUAGAAGCUCUCAAUGCUGAGAGCAUCAUAGCACGUCGAUUAUCAGGAGGAGACUCAUCAAACAGCUUCCCCUACCCUGCCGCCCCAGUUGUAUAUACACCUCCUGUUGCCGUGGACGUUGCAGAAAAAGUUGCAGAAAUUGAGGGAAAGUCUCACCUAUCUCGGAGUGCUUCUGCUAUACAAAGGAAGGGAUACACAAGCGAUGAGGAACUGGAGGAAAUAAAUUCUCCUCUUGCAUGUAUUAUUGAUAAAAUGGCAUCAUCACCAGCUUCUGCAGAAAAUGGAAAAGAUAAACAAAAGGAAGAAACAGGUUCAAUUGGAUCAAAUACGAGGUAUGGACUUCUUCGUGAGGUUUGGAAGGCAGCAUAAUUGAGAGCACUUUGAAUUAUACUUGUGAAU